AAAACCAUAACUUCUUCCAAUUCCAUUUUUUUGCUCAAGAAUUCUCUUACCCUUUUGAUUAUUUUGCUCUCCAAUCUAGAUGUGUGUCAAAUUUCAAUUUUAUUGAACUUUUUUUUUGGUUUUUGGGUGUAUAUAAAUCUUAUUUUCCAUCUUUUUGUGCCCAAAAGGAUGCUUCAAUUCUUGCAUUUUCCGCCUGGUAUGGCACCAAGAUUGAAUUUUUAAGGUAUUAGAGCAAGGAUAGAGGAAAUAGGGAAAACCCCAGAAAAGUUCUGGUGAGAAAAAUGAUGGAAGAUUUAAGCGAAGUGCAUUCUAAGGAUGAUAAAGGUCAGCCUGAGAAAAACCACAAAAGAAUAAUCAAGACACGUGCUCAGAUUGAAGCUCUAGAGAAACUUUAUGAAGAACACAAGUACCCUACCGACGAGCUGAAAGCUGAUCUGGCAGAGUCAUCAGGGUUAACAGAAAAACAAAUUUCUGGAUGGUUUUGUCACAGGCGGUUGAAGGACAAGAGGCUGUCGAAUGGGGAAAUAUAUAUAAAUGGAAGACAAGAUCGUUCGAGUGGUGUCAUUCAGGAUCAUGGUAGCGGAUUUAGGCAGGAUUCUUGUGGUAGCACCAAGCAAGCAGACGAUAAGAAAUUUGAUCAUCGGGAAGUUGAGAGUAGAAGAUUAACUGGCGCAGAAUUCUCAACUGCAGAUGUGGCAUAUGAGGCUGGAACUCAUUUUAGAGGAAAGUCUAAUUGCAUGGAUGAUGACUCUGCAAGAAGCAGUUCUUCAUUACGGAAUGAAUGUUUUUCGCAAAAUGCAGAACCAUAUGAUAUAGCAACUUCAAGAUACAUAUCGCAGAAUUUACCUACUAAUUUUAAGGGAGUAAAACCAAAGAAUGGCCCAUCUGGGUAUUUGAAAGUAAAGGGUCAGGUAGAGAAUGCUGCAAUUACUGCUGUGAAGAGGCAAUUGGGGAGGCACUACCGACUGGAUGGUCCACCACUUGGUAUUGAAUUUGAUCCACUUCCUCCUGGUGCAUUUGAAUCAUCAGCGCCAAAUCCUGUCAAUGACUCUUAUUACUCUCCAGAACCUGUUCCAGCUUGCUCACCAGAUAUGUCCAACGUCUACAGGCGGUCAAAUGGAUUCGGACCCAAUUCCAAGUCCAACUCUCAUGACUCUGAUCUGGAUGGUUUGAGCUUCAAAAGAAAAUCCAAUUCCACUCAUCCUGAAUAUCGCUUCAACCCAAAGCCUAAGCUGAAGUCCUCUGAGCAAAAUGAAUAUCCUGAAUGGAACUCAUCAUUAGACAUCUAUGAAGGUUCUGCAAGAAAAAUGACAGUUGAUAGCAAAGACAGCUGUAAGUUUAUGGCAAAACAUGGACGUGGAGAGAUUAGAACUAGUACUGGUUCAGGCAAUGGUCUUCGAAGUCCCUAUGUUGGAAAAGUUGAUGGGGAGCAAGUGAAACCUCGAUUUAGUAGCCGUAGUGAAGUGAGUCUUGCGGCUUUGGAGAAGGAACAUUUAGAUCGCAAGCCUUCUGAUUUUAAGGGAAGCGAGUAUCAUAAUUUCAGGGAGAGAGAGCUUCACAAAAUUGUUGAAAAGGACCACAUCAGCGGAAAGAGGCCAGUAGUUGAUGAGAACUCUAAUCUAGUUCGUGUGAAGGUUCAGGUUCCUCGACACAAUGAGAUAACAGUUGUUCAACGAGCACCGAAUGAAGUUCCUGACCAUCAAGAGUACUUGAGGAGAGCAUCUAUGAUAGGAAUGCCACUGCAGACAAAUCAUCAGAUAAGUACUGCUGCAGAGAAGCCACCUAGCUUUAGUGAAGAUGAAGAAACAGAAGACACCAGUUCGUUCGAGGGUUAAAAGAUUUGCUUUUGACUGAAGAAAAGAAACAGGUCCAUUAGUUUUAGGGAUAUUUCGUUGGAUUUCUGUGUCGAUACAACUCCUACAGUUCAAGAUAACUUAAAUUGACUUGUCU